CUGGUGACCAUGGAUCGCCAGGACCUCUUAGAGACACCGACAUAUGUCCGACUGAAAUUCUUUGCGGAAGGACGGGACGGAAAAGCACCUCCGAUCAAAGGCAGCUUCAGAGAUGUGCAGAUCAAAAGCCAAAGCAUCGAGGAGCUGUCGGAGGUGGUGGUGCAAUGGCUGGGUUCCCCCGGUGCGUGGCAGCUGGCCACGGUGGCCAACUGGCCCUUGACGGCGGAGGCCAUGCGGAGACCCACCACGGAGAGGUGCCCUUUGGUGGUGCAUGUGUGGAAUAGCCAGGAGAAGCUGGCUGAAGAUGUCAAGAAGCUGAAAGAGUUCAUGGCAACUUUCGGAGAUGAGAUGGAGAAACGCCUGAAGGAUAUGGAUGCAGCAACUGACAAGAAGGUGAAGAAUGUGGAAGAUCAAGUGAGGCAAGCUGAGGACUACUUCAAUCAAACCUACCUGGCCGGUGGAAAUUCGGUGGAUGUGAGCCAUAUUAAAACCCAGGCUGGAGUUCGAAGGCAAUUCUUCGUCAUGCAGGCCUGGAUGGUGAUUUUGGUGAACAUCUUCAUCGCACUUUGUAUCGGAAGUGUCUCAGUGAUUGCACUUGAGAAGGCCAAUACCUGCGGACCUGGAUUGGUGGUAUUCUACACCCCUGGAGUAUGGCUUUCAAGGUUUCCCCUGCAAAGUCUAGGGGAUUCGAAAGAUGUGGCAGCCGAGGAGCCUCAGGAGACAGGCUUGCCCAAGGAUACAGAUCCAGAUGGUGAGACUGGUGCAGAGGAAAGCCUUCUUCCAGCAUAUUCUAGCUACGAGUUUCUUUGCGAGCGCAUGCAGCAGAGGAUGACUAAUCUGCAGGAAGCCUUACGGCAACUUGAGGAGGAAGCAGAGGAAGCAGUUGAGGAUACGACCAGGUUGCCUCCCAAAACAGCCGUAGCCGAGGAGGAAUUUGUGGAACAGCGCGCAGCGCCGUUUGAACGUGAAGAGCUUGAAGCGACAGAGCCAAGGCAGGACCCAAACAUCGACCCACACGUCGACGAGGUCGACGCAGCCGUCGCGGAUGGGAGCAGCGUUGCGGCAGAGACCCGACUGGAGGCCGCCUUGGAGGAUUCUGGCUCGCUCCUCCUCUUUGAGCCGCUGAGCGAGUUUCUGCGCAACCAGCUGCAUGAAAAAAUGGCGGCCAUGCAGCAAGCCUUAGAAGCCUUGGCCACGCCCAGAGCAACACCGGAGCUUCAAGCGGAAAGGGAUAGCUCGUGCUCCGAUGUCAAACCCAGUCUGGAGGAGGCUGUACCUUCCAAAGAGGCUGAAGAAGCAUCCGACGAGAAGAGGGAUAGCUCGUGCUCCGAUGCCAAACCCAGCCUAGAGGAGGGCCCUUCGGAGGCUGUACCUUCCAAAGAGGCUGAAGCCUUCGGCGAGAGAAGGCCUGCGGUUCCUGACGCUGAAAUCUUUGUGGAGGAACCUUGGCUGCGCCUGGAUUGCGCCAACUCGUUUCUCCAGCAGCGUCUACAGGAGGAUCUGGCAUCACUGGAGGAUGCCGUGGGACGCAUCGGCGACUUCCACGAGGAACCAUCCAGGUGUACUUCACCAAUGGAGGCGACUUUUGGAGCCCUGCGGGCGCGAUUGCAGGACAAUCUGCGAGAGGAAGAGUUCACUCGCUUCCUGGAUGUCUUGAAGGGACAGGUGGAUCGCCCGGAGCCGUGCUUCACGGCCACCCAGUGUAGCUUUCCGGCCUGGACGAGCGGACCCUGUCAGCAUCCCUACGAGGGGAUGCCGCUGCCGGAGCUUCCAAUUUUAGGAUCGCUCCGACUACGGGAAGCUUCACAGGUGCCAUCGCAAUGCAGAGUGCCGCGAGCGCCGCGGGCGCUGCAGUUCACGGUGCCUCACAUGGACUUCGGUAGAGCUGCGGAUGCAGUCCUGGAGUUCUCCUAUGCUGGUGUUCAUCGGCAAGAAGCCGUGACCAAGUUGUUGGAGAACAGGCCCUUGCUGCUGCCACUGACAGAUGCCAAGAAAAGCUGCAGAUCGCUGGGCAGGCAGGGCAUCCACGUCUCCCUUUUGCGACUCUGCGAAACGGCCAACUUUGUGCUGCACCCUGGCUGUUCGGUCUACACCUGGAGCUCUGGGCCCACUAAGAUUGGCUUCCGGCUGUCGGGACGGGAGACGCGGAGCAAGGACAUGAUGCAGUGGCACAUGAGGUACAUUGCAGGGCUGCUGGAAGCAACUCUCCUUGAGAGGCCAAAGAAUCCCUUCAGUUUCAUGGCAGACUUGGUCGCGUGCUGCCAGGAGGUUCCCAAGGAAACCGGCCUGGAGGGUGCGCGAUGCUUCCACCUGCUCUGGGCUGAAGGGUUGCCUCCACAAGCGUUGGUUUCGGUACGAUGUGGUCAGAAGUCUCGACAGGCCUCGGUGGAAGAUCUCCUUGCUGGCCGGAAGAGGCUCGAGAUUGGCGAAGGCUCGCUGGUGCAGGUGCAGGUGUUGGUGAGAGAAUCCAUGAUGGGUUUACCUCCACCGUUUGUGGAGGAGCAACUGCAUCAAGUUCAGUUCCCUAGGCCGGAGAUUUGUCCAUUUUUUUCUGAGUUCCACUGGACAAAUCCGUUGUUACUUAAGGGAAGUUCAAGGGAAUAUUUUUGGGAUUUAUCACGGGGUCAUUUUCCAAUCACUACGCACUUGAACAAUUGGAUUUCCCAAUUUCUUGUUUUUUUUUUUUCGGAUUUUCAAUCGUUUUCCAGUCAUUUAAGUGUCUCUCAAAAUCAGGUUAUGCGGUAUACCCUAUCUGGUUGCCAUUGA